AUGCGCUACGAGCGGAUCGCUCGCUUAUUCAAGGUCCCCAUCCACAGGAUGAUCUCAGAGUCCAUCUCUGGCGUCAGCGACCCCGAGAUUACCUGCGGCGUGCACCAGGGCCCCAACAAGUCAAACGGGCCCGCCGCUCGCGGCGCCCGCGCGGCACAAGAGCUCGAGGCUCUGCACAUCGCCAACGCCAUCAGCAGGCAUGACCGCCUCGCCGCAGAACUGGGCCAGUGCUUGCCGCAACGCUUGAUGGCGGAAACGCACCCGCGGCCGGCAACCGCUUCCAACGCCCCGCAGCAGGUGCUGGCACCGCCCCGCAGGACGAUUGCCGACGCCAGCAACACGACGCCCGCCGACGACGUCGACGACGCGAGCGGCCCUCUGGCGACGGCACAAGACGCGGGCCACCUCGGGCGAGAAGGGCUGGUUGACGCCGCGAUCCAACUUAAAUUUGCAGACGAGGCCAACGCCAUGGACGUACCAACCACGCUCGGAGCAGAGCCGGCGCGCCUGCAAUCUGUCAAGUGGUGCGACGUGACCGCGGCCGGCAAGAUCAAUAUGUUGAACAAGUGCAUGACGGACGCAGCUCGGGACGACCAGGCGCGCGAAGGUGCCAAUCCAGAGACCGUGCCAGCUAUCGAAUCGGACGAAACGUUGCGCAUGAUGAUAGCUAUGCGCAGGAGUCUUCAGACAGCAGACCUCCAGGCAGCAGGCAAGAAAUACCUCAGGACGCGAUGGAGCAAGGAAAUCCAAAAGCGGAUCCGUGCUCGCCGGGUCAACGCCAAACUUGGCAAGGCGGAGAGGAUCUUGGAGGAGUUCCGUGGUAUUAGACAGUUGAAAGAAAUGGCAGGUAACCGGUCGAAGUGCCAUAUCACUGAAAUGAAGGACAAGGACGGGCAUCUCCACAAUGACCGGACCUCGAUCGCCGAAGUGUUUGCGCAAUUUUACGAGGACCUGUACGCGACCACCAGGGGCCAAGACAGGCCAGAGGUGUACGCGCCCGGAGGGGCAGAGAGUGUGCCUCCUUUCACGACAGAGGAGCUGGACGCUGCUAUCCGGCUGAUGAAAAAGGGCAAAGCAGGCGACGACCACGGAGUCAAAGCAGAGCUCCUGAAAGUCGACUGCCCAACGCUGGGGAGUCUAAUGCUGGAGGCGUUCAACGCGAUCCUUGCCAAAAAAUACGGCCUGAAGGUCCAUAUGGGCAAGACAGUGGUAUUGACCAAUGCAUCUGACCGACCGCCACAUGUAAAGUGCGGCGCGCACAACGUGAGAGUGCUCCAGCACGGCGAAUCAGAGAAGUAUCUUGGCAAGAAGGUUUCUCUGGAUGACGUCCAUGGAGCAGAAUUCGGCAAUCGGCUCGCUUCCGGAUGGGCUGCGUUCCACGCCUUGAAGGAUUUCUUGUGCAACAAGCGCCUCCAGAUCCACCAGCGUCUGAGACUGUUCACAGCGUGCGUGGUGCCCUGCGUACUGUACGCCUCCAGCACCUGGACGCUCACAGCUGCCGAGGAGCGAAAGCUUCGAUCCACGCAGCGCCGGAUGCUGAGACAGAUGGUGGGCAUUGGACGGCUACCUGACGAAGACUGGGUCGAGUACAUCCGGCGUGCCACCCGCGCCAGUAUGCAGAUUUCGGAGCGAAGCGGCGUGGACGAUUGGGUGUCUAUGUUCUGGAAACAGAAAUGGACAUUAGCAGGCAAGCUGUCCUCGCCCACCGACCGCAGAUGGUGCGCCGGGAAGAAGCCGAGGAAGGGGCGCAGCUCGAAGUCGUUCGGCUCUGGGCAGACCAGCCUGAGGAGGCUGGCGGCGUGCAGCGGUGGCGCAAGUGGCUGGUGGCGCCACCCGCUGCAGCGCGAGCGGGCGCCAUCGAUCUCCGUGCACAAGGGUUUCAAGAUCCAGGCGGCGCUGUGCGUGGAGAGGCCGCCGCUCCGCUUCGUGGAGCCGGACUACCGGAAGCGCUGGCGGGCGUUCCGGGAGGCGUGGGAGCGGCGCACGAACAACCACCUCAGCAUGGCAGACGAGAUCGUCUUCAUGCGCUUCCACUUCCAUUUCUACGAGGACCGCGCCGCCACCCUGGCCUUGGGCGGCGCGGCCGGCCAGCUCCGGGGCGGCGCCCGGGAGGAGGGCGACGCCCCCUCGCUGCCAGGCGCCCGCGGCAGUGCGGCCGCGGCGGGCCAGGGGGACUCGCUCGUGUCGCCGUCCGCAUUUGGUGGCGGGUCUGGCGGGGGCGCUGGCGGGCUCGACGCGCUUCUGUCUGGAGAGGGCCUGGACCUCGUCUUCCCCGAGGUCGGUCGGCGCACGGCCCGACGAAGAAGGGUUGAGCGCAAGGUCAUCGAGACCGAAGACGUCGGAGAUUUCAAGUCGCUGAAGCGGCUGCACAACCAGUCGCUUUUCCUUAUCUAA